AUGCUCGCGUCGCUGCGUACGAGCGGCAAGGCGGCGUCGCCGCGCCGCGCCUCCAACGGCAAGGCGGCGUCGAACGUGCUGGCGACGGCGGCGCUGCAGCGCAUGGAGCACGACCCCGACAUCAGCGCCGAGCGCGACGGCACGCGCGCCGUCGCCGCCGGCGGCGCCGCGCCGAAACGCGUCCCGCUCAACGUCGUGAACCAGUCCCAUCGGGCCAACGCGGCGACGGCCGCGCUCGCGGCCGAGGCCUUCGCGGACCCGCAGCUGGACCCGUUCAUCCGCGACCACGGCGACCCCCACGGCCAGCGCUUCGCGAACUGGAUCUUCGAGAAGAUGGGCGGCGGCCCGGUCUGGACCGAGGAGCGGAAGACGCGGGCCGUGUGCCCGUUCGCGAGCCGCGGCCACGAGUUCGAGACGCCCCACGACCGGUCCUCCGCCCACUUCGCCGCGUGGCAUUCGCCGAAGCGCGACCCGAGCGAGUGGGGCGACCACUUCCAGCUCGACGACUGCCGGGUGUGGAUGCGCCUCCACUUCUGGGCCGCGCGGGAAACGGGCAUCUUCGACGACCACCCGGCCUUCGCCGCGCGCGCCGGCGUCCGAUCUUCUUCAGCGGCGGGGGACACCUUGGUAUAG